UUCAAUUUGUAGCUACCUUCAUUCCAUUCCAACACGUUUCACGUCAUUGUCAAAGUUGUUCUCGCUGUUGAACAAUAUUUUAGAAAAUCUGUGAAAAAUGAGUGCAAACCCGCCGCAAUUAAAAUGGGGAAUUGUAAAACAAGUCCUCUCUGGUGACUCGGUGAUCAUUCGUGGUCAGCCGCAGGGGGGACCGCCACCGGAGAAGCAGAUCAACUUCUCGAAUGUGCUGGCACCGAAGUUGGCUCGCCGUCCUGGUGGUGGUGCGAUUAAUAGUAGCGGUGAGGAUAAUCGCGAUGAGCCCUGGGCAUGGGAAGCUCGAGAGUUCCUGCGGAAGAAACUCAUCGGGGAAGAAGUCUAUUUCACCUGCGAAAGACCCCAAAAGUCUACCCGUGACUACGGUGUGGUGUACCUUGGCAAGGAUCCCGCCACGGCUCAAAACAUCACGGAACUCAUUGUGGCUGAGGGCUUGGUGACCGUUCGCCGCGAGAGUAGCCACAAUUCGGCGGAAAUUGCAAAGCUGGUUGAGCUGGAAGAUGCCGCAAAGGCAGCUGGCAAGGGGAAAUGGAGCAAUGCCCAACCAUCUGAGCAUGUUCGCAACAUCAAGUGGACACAAGACAACCCGCGGAAUUUCGUUGAACACUACCACGGGAAACCCAUCAAGGCCAUCAUUGAGCAUGUCCGUGAUGGUUCAACAAUUCGGGCCUUCCUCCUACCUGAAUUCAAUUACAUUACACUCAUUAUUUCGGGUAUACGUUGUCCAGGAUUUAAGCUCGAUAGCGAAGGUAAACCCGAUCCGAGUGUCACGGUGCCCUAUGCCGAGGAAGCGAGAUAUUUUGUUGAGUCGCGAUUGUUGCAGCGUGACGUUGAGAUUAUCCUUGAAUCCGUCAAUAAUGCCAAUUUUGUGGGGUCCAUCCUCUUCCCAAAGGGUAAUAUUGCCGAAGCUCUCCUGCGUGAAGGGUUCGCCAAGUGUGUGGACUGGAGUAUGGCUUUCAUGAAGUCCGGUGCUGAGAAACUCCGUGCUGCGGAGAAGCAAGCAAAGGAGAAACGUCUUCGCCUUUGGAAGGAUUAUCAGUCCAAUGUGCAAAAUUUCAGUGGGAAAGAAAAGGACUUUUACGGGACAGUUGUUGAAGUAUUCAAUGGUGAUGCCUUGAGUGUUCGCAGUACCUCCGGGGCUGUCAAGAAGGUCUUCCUGGCCAGCAUUCGUCCACCGCGUGAGGCUGCCCGACCAGUUGGUGAAGACGGAAAAGUUGCACCACGCUCAAAGAACCGUCCACUGUACGAGAUCCCCUGGAUGUUUGAGGCGCGUGAAAAUCUCAGGAAACUCAUUGGGAAGAAGGUUCACUGUGUCCUGGACUACAUUUCACCUGCUCGAGAUAAUUUCCCGGAAAAAUAUUGUUAUACUGUCACUCUGGGGAAAACUAAUAUUGCUGAAGCAUUGGUAGCUGAGGGACUUGCAACAGUUGUAAGAUAUCGUCAAGAUGAUGAUCAGCGAUCAUCGCAAUACGAUGGACUUCUGUCAGCUGAAGCUCAAGCCAGUAAAGCAGGCAAAGGUGUCCAUGGGAAGAAGGAAAAACCUGCGCACCGUAUUACGGAUUUGACUGUUGAACAUUCCCGCAUUAAGCACCAAUACUUGCCAUCGUGGCUGCGUGCCCUCAAGACGGAUGGCAUUGUGGAGUUUGUUGCAAGUGGUUCCCGCUUCCGUAUUCUCGUGCCCAAGGACAGCUGCUUGGUGACAUUCCUCCUAGCUGGAAUUUCAUGUCCACGCUCAGCACGUCCCGCCGCGAAUGGUGUUCCCGCACAAGAGGGUGAACCCUUUGGGGAUGAGGCGCUCAACUUUACCCGCGAACGUAUCCUCCAGCGUGAUGUUUCCGUGCACAUUGAGUCAACGGAUAAGGCGGGAACGAGUGUUAUUGGAUGGCUAUGGACGGAUAAUAAUGUGAAUUUGUCCGUGGCACUGGUUGAGGAGGGUCUGGCCACGGUGCACUUUACUGCGGAGAAAUCCGAAUACUAUCGCGCACUGAAGAAUGCCGAAGAUCAAGCGAAGGCAAAGAAGAAGAAUAUCUGGAAGAACUACACGGCGGAGGUGGAGAAUGAAAAGGAGCGCGAUGGUGAGACGGAGGAGAAGGAUGAAGAUAAGAGUGUUGAUCGAAAGGUUAAUCAUGAGAAGGUGGUGAUAACCGAAGUGACGCCCGAGUUGCAUUUCUUUGCGCAACAUGCGGAACAGGGGACAAAAUUGGAAGCUCUUAUGGCGAAAUUGCGUCAGGACUUUAAUAUUUCACCACCAAUUACGGGGUCGUACACACCCAAACGAGGAGAUCUCUGUGCGGCCAAAUUCACGGAGGACAAUGAUUGGUAUCGCGCCAAAGUGGAGCGUAUCAUGAAGUCCAAUGUUUCUGUCACCUACAUCGACUAUGGAAAUAAAGAAGUUCUUCCAACAUCCCGCCUUGCGAUGCUUCCACCUGCCUUUACAAUGGAUAAACCGUAUGCAACUGAAUUUGGCUUGGCACUGUGUCAGCUACCGCCAGAUGAUGAGGAUAAGCAGGAGGCGUACAAGACAUUCGUCGAGGAUGUGCGUAAUCGCCAAUUACUCCUCAAUGUGGAGUACAAGGUGAAUAAUGUUGCCUAUGCAACACUCCAGGAUCCCAAUACGAAGGCUGAUAUUGGGAAGGCCCUCAUAAAUGAUGGUUAUAUCCUCUGUGAGAAGCGCCGAGAAGGGAAAUUGGCAAAACUCGUGGAGGAGUAUAAGGAAGCCGAAGUAGCUGCCAAGAAGGCUCACAACGGCAUUUGGGAGUAUGGAGACAUCACUGAGGAUGAUGCUAAGGAAUUCGGUGUUGGACGCUAAAUUUUCUGUUUUUUUUAUUGAUUCAUUCAUGCUUAAAAAUAAGAAAUUGAUCAAAAUUAUCUGCUACACUUCUGCCUCGUUUUUCUUUUAGUAUCAAAACUUUCGUCAAAUUUAUGCUAAAAUUUCCAUAAAGUCUCCAUAAUAAUUGAAAACAAACAACAAAAAUUCUUGAGUGUUCCAAUUUUUAUUGUUCCCAGACAUGAUAAAUAAAAAAUGUUUUUAUUUAAAGGAAAAGAAAUGAAAUAAAAUCCAGAAAUUCAUUAAAAAAAAAUUAUUAUUAGGUAUGAAAAUUUAAAAGUUCUCUCAUCAGACAAAAUAAUAUUUUAUACAAACAACAAUAUCGAUAAUAAAAAUUUUAGAAUUGCAAAGAAA